CAGCCAACUCUUUCUCUCCAGAUGCCAUAACUUGUGCUGGAGAGGUUGGCAUUAUUCUCGCCCACAGAGGAGAUCUUAUUAAAAAGAUGAGAGAAUGUCAAUCUCGACGAAGUAGAAGUAUGGAAAUUGUUAAACGGGUGUAG